AUGUACAAAUCAACCUUCAUCACUCUCCUCGCUGCUAUUGCAACCAGUGUCACCGCUGCUCCUACGCAGAAUUCCCCUCGUCAAUUCGACCUUUGCGCCAACCUCCUCGACUCAUCGCCGCUAUGCUGCGAAGCCAGCGUUGGCGGUGUUCUCAACCUGACCUGCGACCCUCCAUCGUCCACUCCGUCGUCAAUUGAGGAUUUCGAGAGUAUCUGCGCUGCAUCGGGUACUGUGGCUUACUGCUGUGCCGCUCCCCUCCUUGGUGAUGCACUAAGCUGCUCGGCUCCUACUGCUGGGUAA